GCAAUAUAGCUGUCUGCAGCGGCUGUCAUCGGGCUGUUGAUUCCGAUUCAAACAAUACAGGAUGGGGUACGAGUCAGAGAUAGACAGUGAUGCUUCAGCCCCAGUUUCAAGGACAGUACAACCUUCGGAAAGACUUUCUCCAGAUCCCAGUUUGAGACAAGCUCCAAGAAUGGAAACCAACUGGUUUUCAAAGAGGUACUUGAUAGCAUUCUUGGCAUUCUUCGGGUUCGCCAACAUUUAUGCUCUCCGUGUGAACCUGAGUGUGGCUAUAGUUGCGAUGACCUCUAACUUCACUGUCAUUGGUCAUAAUGGAGAAGAAAUUGUUGUUCCGCCAGAGUUUGACUGGGACAGGGAGCUACAAGGCAAGAUCUUAAGUUCGUUUUUCUAUGGCUACAUUCUUACACAAGUGGCCGGAGGUUGGCUUGCCUGCCAGUAUGGAGGUGUCCGACUGUUUGGCAUGGGGGUUUUGACCACUGCCGCCCUCACCCUCCUCACCCCUCUUGCUGCUAAGAUACACGUCUACUUGUUGGUUGCCACUCGUGUCCUUGAAGGAAUGUUUGAGGGAGUAACUUACCCGGCCAUGUUGGGCAUCUGGAGUCGGUGGGCGCCGCCGUGUGAGCGAAGCCGCCUUGUCACCAUCACACUGUCCGGAAGCUACUUUGGCACCGUGGCCGCCAUGGCUGUGUCUGGAGCCAUUGCUCAGCACCUCAAUUGGGCUUCCAUCUUCUAUGUCUUAGGUAUGAUAGCUUUGUUCUGGUGCUUCCUGUGGUGUUUUCUGAUAAGGGAGUCUCCUCUCCAUGACCCUUGGGUAUCAGAGGCUGAGAAGAAUUACAUUCAAGAGUCCAUCGGGCCCAGCCUGAGAGCCAAGAGAGUGCGAGUGCCAUGGAAGAGUGUGCUAACGUCAGCUCCAGUGUGGGCUAUCGUUGCAGCUCACUUCAGCGAGAACUGGGGCUUCUACACUCUGCUCACUGAGCUGCCCACCUUCAUGAGUGACACAUUCCACAUGAAGAUAAUGAAUGGCAAUAUGCUGGCCUCUCUGCCUUACCUGGUCAUGGGAAUUGUGGUUCAGUCCAGUGGUUUCCUAGCGGACUGGCUGCGGUCUUCAGGCCAUCUAUCUACCAUGCAGGUGCGGAAGAUGUUUACCUGUGCUGGAUUCCUCUGCCAGACGAUCUUUCUGAUCGCAGCUGCCCAUUCACCAAAUGCCCUCACCACCAUCCUCUCUCUCACCAUCGCUGUUGGGUUCGGAGGCUUCGCGUGGUCUGGCUUCAGUGUGAACUUGCUGGACAUAGCUCCACAGUAUGCAGGAGUAUUGAUGGGGAUAUCCAACACUGUGGCGACAAUCCCAGGUCUGCUCAGUCCCAUUCUCACAAGCCACAUCACUAAAGACCAGAUUGCCAGUGAGUGGAAGCUAGUGUUCUACUUGUGUGCGGCAUGUUAUGUGAUGGGUGCAGUGGUGUACGGGCUGCUAGCCUCAGGCAAAGUACAACCCUGGGCAUCUGUCACGCUGUUGGAUGAGACUGUCUCCAUCCUGGAUGACCAGUCGUCCACUGAGGACCUGUUGUCGGUCAACUCUACUCACCGUGCCACACAAGAGUGAUACAGGGAGAUCUCUAGUCAGUAAGAAAGUAACUAAUCAAUUUCUCAUGUUGACUUUUUCAUAGGGAACGCUGAUUUAAAUUUUAGUCAAAUUAUUGAACUGAAUAGGUUGUCUGUAAACGCAAUAGGUUCAUUUUAAUCAUGCGUUUUUUAAAUUUUGAAAUGCAUUUAAUGUCUAUCAAACAGUCGAAACACAACAGUUUAACUACUAUAUCUUAAAAUAAGGUUUUAUAGUUGAGGAAUUAAUUUUUAAUCCAUUGACUACCAAUUAAAAUUGAAAUAAUUUUAUCUUCAUGUACUGAAUUAAUUUUUCAUUCUGCAAUGGAAGUUGAUUUGUAGGGGCUUAGGUCAUUCAAACACAUUAAAUACCAUAUAACAUGUUAAAAUUGUAUCUUAUUAACCUUAUAUUUUAAGUAUUUAGUUGCUUAGCAACAAUAGAAUUUAUACCAGAUCUACCACUAAAAAUAGAAUUAUGGAUCAUUUGCUUGCCCAAGUUUGAAGAUUAGGCCUUGUCCCAUAAUUUUCCUGAAUUUUUUCAUAACCACUUUCACUACUACUUUCACUCAAAAUGUUGUCAAGAAAGUUACAAUCACUCACUUAAUUUUUACUUUCAUUAAGUAUGUUCUAUACAAAGUUACUAAAACUUUCGAUAAAGAUUUUGCCAUAAUGCGAUUCCAGACGUCAAUAACUAAAACAAACAAUAAACUGAUGAAACAGUAAACAACAAUCGAUUUCGAGGUAAUCAGCCAGCUUCAUAAUCGAACAUUUUAUAUUUUAACAGACUUUUUAACAGAUAUAAUACUCGACAAAUGUCAAAAUAAUUGAUUGCAGGAAUACUAUUCGACUCCAAAAUUACAACAGCGUGACGGUCUACAACUGAUGGGCAAUAUAUGUCAUUGGUAGCCAGUGGGUUAACCUAGAUCUAAUUUUACGUUAAGUUAAAAUAUAUGUGAAUGUUGACUUUGUUAAUAAUUUUUAGGAUUGUAAAACCAAACAAAUAGGAGGUUGAACAAAUUUAGUAGCAUGAAUUUUGCAUUCCACAUUAUAGUUUCAUUGAAUGUUAUGAAUGUUCAUUGAGGGGGAGGGGGAGGGGUAUAGAACUCUCCAAAAAAGCCCUAAAAUGUAUUUUUAAUAUACCUGCAACAGCAACGCAACUUGUUUGAAAUAUAAAUAAAAUUUAGAAUUAUUCUGUACCCCCUGUUGUGGUCUGUCUCGAAUCAAAUUCAUCUCCCCCCAAAGCCAAGUCUUAGGUACGGCACUGAACUAAAGCUUUUAAUUUCAUCAUGUUUACUUUUUUUAAAUUAUUUUGAUUCUGAAAAAUUAUAUUAGAAGAUUUAGUUGCAAAGCUGUAAACUUGUUUAUUUUUUCUUCCGAAAUAAAUAAUACAAUAGAGUAUUAUUAAAGAACAUCUAUUUCAAUAUCAGCUGCUUAGGUGUAAGAUGUUUGAAUUAGUGUUGUCUAAUCCAUACUGAACCUUAAGUAUCAAAUACAAUAGGCUUCCAUUACGCUUUUAGUCGAAUCUUCAUAGCUUUAGAUCAUUCCAUCUUACCUAUUUAACUGUAUAUAAUAUUUCUGUAAAUGUUUUCAAAGUGUGAGAAUUUAAAUUGUUAAGCUAUUAUUAUUAUGGUUCUUUUCAUCUUGACAGUUUUAUAAUUAGUAUAUUUUUAUAGACAAGAAAACUACUAUUGUGGUCAGAUUUCACUAUUUUAAAAUUUGCUAUCUACCAUCUAGACAUAAGUUAUCUCUAUAUGCUGUGUUUAAAUUAUAUGUAAUAAUUUAGGCCUAUAAAACACAUGUUAAUAGUAUAGAAACUAAAUAUACAUGCACUUUGUGAGUGAAGUUUAAUGUUCUUAUAGCUUUAUUUUUUACAUUUUAAAGCAGAGCCUAUUUUACUUUGAUGGUUCUAAUUUAAGUGUGACUCUUUCACUCAAUUGUAUAUGGUGAAUGUUAAUUUAAAUAGGUUAUAUUAUGACCAAUAUAGGAGUAACAGAUUUAAUGGUUGGCAAAAAUAAAAAGAAGUCCACAUCUU